UUUUUACCAUCUCUUUCUCUCUUCUAAAGGAAUUUGAAUUCUUCAGCGAUCUUUGAAUAUGCAGAUCUUUGUGAAAACUCUAACUGGGAAGACAAUCACCCUUGAGGUUGAGAGCUCUGACACGAUCGACAAUGUCAAGGCUAAGAUUCAAGAUAAGGAAGGCAUCCCACCAGACCAGCAGCGUCUUAUUUUCGCCGGUAAACAGUUGGAAGAUGGAAGAACUCUAGCUGAUUAUAACAUCCAGAAGGAGUCUACUCUUCAUCUUGUCCUUCGUCUCCGAGGUGGUAUGCAGAUCUUUGUUAAGACUCUAACCGGCAAGACCAUCACUUUGGAAGUCGAGAGCUCUGACACGAUCGAUAACGUCAAGGCCAAGAUUCAAGAUAAGGAAGGCAUCCCUCCAGAUCAGCAGCGUUUGAUUUUCGCCGGUAAACAGUUGGAAGAUGGAAGAACUCUAGCUGAUUACAACAUUCAGAAGGAGUCUACUCUUCACCUUGUCCUUCGUCUCAGAGGUGGCCAUUAGAAAUUCCUCUUAUUCUUGGUGAUGAUUGCCAAGAAGAUGUUUAGUUCUUUGCUGUUACGUUGUGUUUUUUUUUUUAUCGGCACAUUGUUUUUUUUUUUCAGUUUUUAUGUAAGCUACUUUGGCCUGCAUGAAUUCAAGUACGUUUAAAACUCAAUGUG